AUGCCUGCAUAUGCGCACGCGCCGUAUUCAGGGCAAAUCUUUACUCCUAUCUUGGAGAGCCACCCCGUUUCAGAUGAUGAAAGUAUCCACUAUGUAGCCAAUAGUGGGUAUGCGGGCUCCCCUUUCGACUUUCCACGCUCGCCAAGUCUGGAGAUGUCUUCGCGGCCGGCGCCCGAAGUUAUCGGGUUCGACCCAGCCACUGGCUCUGAUGGCACAAAAUUAUCAGUCCAAAUACAGUCGACUUCCGACCUUCUCAGCCCCAUUCCGUGGACUUUCACUUUGAUUUUGGGAUCUUCUCAUUGCGAAUGCUCCAUUACGUCUCUGAGCGUCGAGAGUACCUUGUUCCGCUACGCGCUUACGGCCAACGCCCCUUCAUUUUCGUCAACAGAGUCGACAUCUCUUACGAUUCCGGUCCAAUUAUUAAUGGAGGAUCCUGACGGUCCCACGACUCAUAUGGCACAAGUCGGUACUUUCAGAUACGAGCAGUCUCUUGAUACAAUCUCUCCAGGGUCUCGGAAGAGAAGAAUGUCUUGUGGCUCAGAUGGUACCUCAGCUUCAAACAACUCGGUGUCGGUGAAACACGCACGAAUUAAAGAUAGCCCCAGAAGCUCGGUCUAUGCGGAGAGUCUGUCUGCAUCCCCCUAUUCUCCGUAUCUGCCUACCCCAGCCUCGAUGACUGCAUAUCCCGCCAGCAACCAGCGUGUUUCGUCACCGUUUCCCCAGCUUGAUGUGUAUAACAGCAUUUCUCAAUCAAGGGUCAAGGCACCGUCCCCUCUCGCAUCAUCCUGGAGUCCAUCUUUCCCGGAUAGCGCGGUUGCGGAUUUCAAUCCCCGAUACAACAUGACUUCAGUGUCUCAGACUCCGGAUCUCCCAUUAUCUGUCAGGGCUGGCCAGAAUCCGACCCUCAUCCGGACCUCCACAAUCCAACAGUCGCUCGCAGGGUCGGGAUGCACGACUUCCAACCAGUCGUUUAACCCGUAUGCGAUGUAUCCAUCGAAGGCAGUCCUCAAGCUUAAUGGUGACCUCGACUCCAUGACAGAAAACUGGACCAAGGACGAACAGGAUGUUCAAAGACGACUUGUGCAAUUCACACGUCAUCAGACUGGCAGCACCAUUCAUGCUGACUUCAAGCCUGUGGCACCAGCCGAUCGAGUUCCCAACAGCAUUUGCAUUAGUUGCAUCUACUGGGCUGGCAAAAAGGAGUGCUUUGUUACCAGUGUUGACACCAUCUACCUUCUCGAGUCGCUUGUCGGUGUCAGGUUUACCGUGGAAGAGAAAAAUCGCAUUCGAAGAAACCUAGAAGGUUUCCGUCCGAUGACUGUGUCAAAGGCCAAGCCUGAAAGCGAAGACUUUUUCAAGGUUAUCAUGGGAUUCCCGAAUCCAAAGCCGAGAAAUAUUGAGAAAGAUGUGAAAGUGUUUCCAUGGAGAAUUCUUGCCCAUGCCUUGAAGAAAAUCAUUGGGAAAUAUUCCGCCAGCUAUUCCUCCACGGCUGGGGCUCUGCAAACGCCGCUUGGGUCUAAUUAUCCCGUCAACUCGAACGCCAAUGGAAAUGUUGAAUACCAUACUCGAACCUCACCUUCCAUCGUGGAUGUGACCAGCUGUGCUCCUGGCGUGCCUUCUCAUUUCCGUGCUGCGUACGGACAUCAUCACAUCCCCGGGACGGGGCCUAUUCGCGUUGUGGUUCCUUCAACUGACGGGCAACAUGCCAGCUAUCACUUCCCGCGCGGCCAGCCUCGCCAAGCUCCGUCGCCGUCCAUGGUUCCUCGGCACGCCUCGUUUGAUUUCGAUGCAUUUGUCAACAAUAGUUCGGUUGCUUCUACGCCUACGAUGCCUCAGGAUCUGACUUACUCCUUCCCUGGAAAUAUUUCAGUUGGCCGGGACACUGUUCCGUCGCCCUACUCUCUGGGCCUUCAGACCAGUGGUGUAUAG